CUCAGCGGGGAGCAGCCCUGGGGUUCUUGGGAGAUGGUUCCAGGAGAGGCUGCCGGGCUAGUCCACAGGGCCCGCACACUGGGCCAUGCUCGGCUUUUCUCUCGUAUUUAAUCGUUUAUUUACUUAUUUUAUGUGUAUGGGAUGUUGCCUGCUUGGAUUUACGUGUGCACCACAUGCGUGUCUGGUGCCAUGAAUCCCCUGGAAGUGGAAUUACAGACAGUUGUGAACUGACAAGUGUGGGUGCUAGGAAUUGAACCGGGGUCGUCUAGGAGAACAUUUAGUGCUCUUAACUGCCAAGCCAUUUCUCCAGCCCCAUCUUGGCCCUUCUUGAGGUGUCAGUGGUAAGGUCCUGGACAAGGGGAGGCCUUCCUGUCCCUCAGCCGACCUCCUGAGAGCCAGCUCUGGGAUCCCCUCCAGGAAAAAAGGCCCUUCUCUCUGGGCAGCAGGCCUCCACUUUUGUGCUGUAACCAGGAAGAAGGGGCGAGGGGUCUGCACCCCAGGUUCCGGCGCAGCUCUGCAGCAUUGGGAGUCAGUUAAAGCCUCAGUUUCCCCUGCUCAGAGGUUUGCCCUGACUGCUCCACUCAGGGGUUGCCUGGGACACUUCCUCUGCGAUGGGCGGUGAGGACAGAAAGGACAGCAGGGCAGGAGAAUGGCCUCUCUGGGGUUCUGCAAAGGGCUGGGGGAUAACUCGGAAGGAGAGGGGCAGAGAGGAGGCAGGGGUCAGUCUGAGUUAGAGAAAACUGGCAAGGCGCUUGGAGAGUUUAGAGCAGUUUAACGGCAGGGGUGACAGGUGGGUCUGUGGCUUUAAAAGACUGGGCUAACUUCAGCCCCUCAAGGUGGGGGCUCUUAAACUCGCCCCCCACCCCCAGGGUGAGAUCUCCUAGUCGCAACGGCCCAGCACUCACUGCCUGCCAGCUGUCAGCAGCAUUAACCAAGCGUUUGGAGUGUCUGCACAAGGCUCUUGAGAGACGGGCCAGGGAUGGCCGAGGAUGACCUCAGCAGAGUGAGACCCGCGGCGGCCUCUGGCCGGGUCCUCCCUGCUCUGUGACGCAGCCAGCGCAGAGGUAGCGUGGGCCGCGCUCCCAGGGUGCGCCCGGCCUUUCCCUCUCCGUCCCAGACCUGGUAGCCUCGCGGCCCGUGGACGAUGGCGCUGAGGCAUCUGGCGUGGGCGCUCCCACGCGGGGUCUCUGCCUGCCGACCGCGGCUCGCACUGCCCCACCGCCUCGCCCGCUGCUUCGCUAGCAACCGCUGCGGGCGCGUCUACUUCUACAAGGACCCCGUGGAGGCGCUGGAGGGCAUCAAUGACGAGGCGACCGUCAUGCUCGGGGGCUUCGGGCUCUGCGGCAUCCCCGAGAACCUGAUCGCCGCGCUGAGGACGAAGGGCGUCAAGGACCUGAAGAUCGUCAGCAGCAACGUGGGCGUGGAGGACUUCGGCCUGGGCAUCCUGCUGGCCUCCAAUCAGGUCAAGCGCGUGGUGUGCUCGUACCUGGGGGAGAACUCGCUCUGCGAGAAGUUGUACCUGAACGGCGAGCUGGACCUGGAGAUGACGCCUCAGGGCACGCUGGCCGAGCGCAUCCGCGCGGGGGGCGCGGGCUUGCCCGCCUUCUACACGCCCACGGGCUACGGCACGCUGGUGCAGGAAGGGGGCGCCCCGAUCCGGUACUCGCCCGACGGCCACCUGGUCACCCUGAGCCAGCCGCGGGAGGUGCGCGAGUUCAAGGGCCGCCACUACCUGCUGGAGCACGCCAUCCGCGCCGACUUCGCCCUGGUCAAGGGCUGGAAGGCCGACCGCUCGGGCAACGUGAUCUUCCGGGGCAGCGCGCGCAACUUCAACGUGCCCAUGUGCAAGGCCGCGGACGUCUCCGUGGUGGAGGUGGAGGAGAUCGUGGACGUGGGCUCCUUCCACCCGGAGGACAUCCACAUCCCCAACAUCUACGUGGACCGCGUGAUCCAGGGCCCCAAGUACGAGAAGCGCAUCGAGCGCCUGACCACGCGCGACAGCCAGGACGCGCCCGGGCUCAAGCAGGACAGCCCCAGGACGCGCAUCAUCAAGCGCGCGGCUCUCGAGUUCGAGGACGGCAUGUACGCCAACCUGGGCAUCGGCAUCCCCGUCCUGGCCAGCAACUACAUCAGUCCCAAGAUGACGGUCUACCUGCAGAGCGAAAACGGCAUCCUGGGCCUGGGCCCCUUCCCCAUGAAGAACGAAGUGGACGCCGACAUCAUCAACGCGGGCAAGCAGACGGUGACGGUGAUUCCCGGGGGCUGCUUCUUCUCCAGCGACGACUCCUUCGCCAUGAUCCGCGGGGGACACAUCCAGCUCACCAUGCUCGGCGCCAUGCAGGUCUCCCAGUACGGAGACCUGGCUAACUGGAUGGUGCCUGGCAAGAAGGUGAAGGGCAUGGGCGGGGCCAUGGACUUGGUGUCCGGCGACAAGACCAAAGUGGUGGUCACGAUGGAACACUGCACCAAGAACAAGGAGCCCAAAAUCCUGGCUAAAUGCACCAUGCCCCUGACCGGCAAACGCUGCGUGGACCUCAUCAUCACCGAGAAGGCCGUGUUUAACGUGGACCGGAAGAAGGGGCUGACGCUGGUGGAGAUGUGGGAGGGCUCCUCGCUGGAGGAGAUCAAGGCCACGACAGCCUGCUCCUUCAACGUGUGCCCCAACCUCAAGCCCAUGCAGCAGAUCCAAACUGACGCUUGAGGAGCCCUGGCCCCUCCCACCCGGGCUGGACAUCCUGAGCAGAGCUUGACCCCUGGGCCACUGGCUCCUUGGGCUUCCGGCUGAUAGAUGAUAUCUCAAGAGCCGAGUGAUUUUCAUUAAAAACCCUAAGCCGAGCCUGUGUGUGCUGUGCCUGACUGAAGCCCUCCACUGAAACCACAGCGGACACUGGCCCCCUCUCCCGCUUUC